AUGCAAUGUCUCCAAUUUGAUUUUAAUCUUGUGUUUCUUGACUCUGCAGCACAGAAAGUGUUGAUUGUUUAUGCCCACCAGAGCCCUUGCUCAUUCAACACUGGAGCCAAAGAUGCUGCUGUGGAGGAGUUAAAAAAUAAGGGCUGUGAAGUAACUGUGUCUGACCUGUAUGACAUGAAGUUCAAAGCCAGUGCUACUGCUGAGGACAUUACUGGAGGAGUCAAGAAUGCUGGACACUUCCGCUACGCACAGGAGAUCAAACUGGCCUGGGAGGAAGGAAGACUGUCUUCUGACAUCACUGAAGAGCAACGUAAAGUCACUGAGGCAGACCUCAUCAUCUUCCAGUUCCCCAUGUACUGGUUCAGUGUUCCUGCCAUCAUGAAGGGCUGGAUUGAUCGGGUGCUCACACCAGGCUUUGCUUAUUCACAAGAGAAGCGCUACAGUCAGGGAAUGUUCAAGGACAAGAAAGCCCUGCUGUCCUUCACCACUGGGUCCCCAGAGGCCAUGUUCAGUCCUACUGGCAUUCAUGGAGACAUGAACGUCUCACUGUGGCCACUGCAGAAUGGCAUCCUGCACUACUGUGGAUUCCAGGUUCUGGCCCCUCAGAUCUUCUGGGCUCCAUCUUCUCAAACCCCAGAGGCCCGCAAGUCCAUGCUGGGUGACUGGCGUACACGACUGGACAAGCUGAUGGGUGAGGAGCCUCUCUCCUUUCUGCCUCUAGAUGACUUUGAUGAGAAAUGUCUCCAGUUGAAGCCUGAUGUCGCUGAGAAACUUGCCAGCAAAGAGUUUGGACCGGCUCUGGGGAUUCACCUUGGCAAGCGGCUGCCACCCAACAGCCAAAUGAAAGCUGGAGUCUGAAGAUGUGGCUGUCAUAACUUAUGAUAAAUAAAAGCAUAUUUAUUCUGACUUUUGAGUUGCUCUUGAUUUACUUUGAGGCCAUCUCUGUAGCUGUGGCGCU